AUGAAAGUAGCACCACUGAUUGAAUACAAAGUUGACUGGCCUAUUACCUGUCUGAACUAUAGCCCACAACUGUUUGCCAAUAAUUCAACUGUCAAAAUGUGCAACUUUUUUGGGUUAGACUUUGAACAUUUUGAGAUAGCACAACCAACAGCACAUGAUACAACAUGCUAUGGAGGAUUGUGUGAUCGAAGAGAGGCAGCACAGUGCCAUAUAGACAGCUUUAAAGUUCUCAGUGGUUUUGGGGGUAUUUCCAGUCUUGGAUUUACCAGUCUCUGUGGCUUUAAUUCAGGACAGCACAUUUAUGUACCAGUGAAUGCCUCUCAAGGAGUGAACUCAGUUACCUUGAGUUUCCAUCUAGCAGACCGCAAUCUGCACAAUUCCCUCAUUCAUCCUGCCUGGAGGAUUCGUGUUACACAACUUGAGUGUGUCCCACAACAAUAUGUCUUAUCAGGACAGAAACGAGUAGCCCCUUUAUAUGCAGAUUUCAACAGUCUAGCACCACCUGGCUGUCUACAGUAUUACACUGAACGUUCUGGAAACUAUCAGACCUUUAACUUCAAUAGUGAAGAAGAAAUCAAACAACAAUACACUGCUGAUAUGAACUACGCAAUAUGCUUCCAUAGACCUUCAGAUGCUUGUGGAAUAAUGCAUAUAGCUGAGAAAUUUGAAGUUGGUUCAUACCACAGACAAGGUGGCAGUGAAACAGAUCAUCAUUGUGAUUCUUACAGUGUUUCUGAUUACCUUUUCAUUCCUAAUGGCAAGACCAGUGACAGAAGACAAGCUGACAAGUAUUGUGGAACAUCAUUGAAUCCCAAUAUUUCUGUUACAGCAAUAUCCCCAGGGCCACUGUAUGUGAUCUUCAGAAGUGACAGUGUCACACUCAAUGAUUAUAUCAGCAGUGAGAGAGGCUUUAAGAUGAAGUAUCAAAUAAUGAACAACUGCCAGUGAAAUGAGGUGUUCAGAGCACAAGUGGCGUAACUCCACUUACAAUAGUUUUGAGUAAGAGGAGCAUUCAUUAAGAAGUGUAUAAACAAUUAUUAAUGUUAAUAAUUUAUAUGUAUUGAUGAAUACCAUAUAAUAUCACUAAAGUCUCUCUAAAUAUAUUAACAAAACUGAAUAUCAUACAGGAAGUGCAUAGAAAAUGACUUGUUAAACAAAAAU